GCGGGACGGGCAGGGGCACCGGUCGGCAGCGGCCCCCUGCCCGUAUCUCUCCCCCGUCUCUCCGUCGCAUCUCUGGGCUCCGUCCCCCGUCUCUCCCGCCAUGGAGGCCAUCAAGAAGAAAAUGCAGAUGUUGAAGCUGGACAAGGAGAACGCCCUAGACCGGGCGGAGCAGGCCGAGGCGGAGCAGAAGCAGGCCGAGGAGAGGAGCAAGCAGCUAGAGGAUGAGCUGGCUGCCAUGCAGAAGAAGCUGAAGGGGACGGAGGAUGAACUGGACAAGUACUCGGAAGCCCUGAAGGAUGCCCAGGAGAAGCUGGAACUGGCCGAGAAGAAGGCGGCUGACGUGAGUGCCCGGCGCGGGGGAAACAGGUGGAAACGGAGAAGAACUUGGGGGAGAGAGAGACAUACACACACACCUCCCCGUCUCGCCUUUACGGGACACCUGGAAUGCCCAACUCUUCUUUCCGUGUAA